CGGCUCCUCUGCGGAAGGGGGACUAGUGGAGCCGUUGGGCCCGACGCGACUCGAAGGAGCCGGGAGAGCGCGGGACGCAAGUGCGGAGCUUGGAGCGUGUGUCGGGCCGGCGCAAUGGGCGGGGAGCAGGAGGAGGAGCGGUUCGACGGCAUGUUGCUGGCCAUGGCGCAGCAGCACGAGGGCGGCGUGCAGGAGCUUGUGAACACCUUCUUCAGCUUCCUUCGACGCAAAACAGACUUUUUCAUUGGAGGAGAAGAGGGAAUGGCAGAGAAGCUUAUCACACAGACCUUUAACCACCACAACCAGCUGGCACAGAAGGCUCGACGGGAGAAGCGAGCACGGCAGGAGACUGAGCGACGGGAGAAGGCAGAAAGGGCAGCCAGGUUGGCCAAAGAAGCCAAAGCAGAGACCCCCGGGCCACAGAUCAAGGAGCUGACUGACGAGGAAGCAGAGAGGCUGCAGCUGGAGAUUGACCAGAAAAAGGAUGCAGAGAAUCAUGAGGCCCAGCUCAAGAAUGGCAGCCUUGGCUCACCAGGGAAGCAGGAAGCUGAGGAAGAGGAGGAGGAGGAGGAUGAGAAGGACAAAGGGAAACUGAAGCCCAACCUGGGCAAUGGGGCCGACCUGCCCAACUACCGCUGGACCCAGACCCUGUCGGAGCUCGAUCUGGCAGUGCCCUUUCAUGUCAACUUCCGGCUGAAGGGGAAGGACGUGGUGGUGGAUAUCCAGCGGCGGCACCUUAGGGUGGGGCUCAAGGGACAACCAGCAGUCAUUGAUGGAGAGCUCUACAAUGAAGUGAAGGUGGAGGAGAGCUCGUGGCUCAUUGAGGAUGGCAAGGUGGUGACAGUGCAUUUGGAGAAGAUAAAUAAGAUGGAAUGGUGGAGCCGUUUGGUAUCCAGUGACCCUGAGAUCAAUACCAAGAAGAUUAACCCCGAGAACUCCAAGCUAUCAGACCUGGACAGUGAGACACGCAGCAUGGUGGAAAAAAUGAUGUAUGACCAGAGACAGAAGUCCAUGGGGCUGCCUACCUCGGAUGAGCAAAAGAAACAGGAGAUUCUAAAGAAGUUCAUGGAUCAGCAUCCGGAGAUGGAUUUCUCCAAGGCCAAAUUCAACUAGCUCCUGUGUUUGCCUCCCUGAACUCUUGGGGCUGAGCCCCCAGCCAUCCAACUUCCUUUCCCACCCUUCCCUGGGACUAGGGAGCCUCCGGGUUGGGGCAGAGGCAGGACUGGCCCAGGCACACAGGUCCCAGGGCAUCAUGGGAGAAGGGCUGGGGCCUUGGGGUCUUGUCCUCCCACCUGGCCUACUGUUACACAUUAAACCUAUUCACCCAGCUCCA